CCUUGCCUGUUUUAGUGACAUGGCUUAUAAAAAUGCAUGGUGGAAUCGAAAAGGCAACAUUUUGUUUCCCCACCGGACCAAUAACAUUACACGUACCGUGCUUCUCGCCAUUUUGGCUCAUCAGUUUCACCAGCCUCCGUUGUUACGUUAAGCCAAUACUGGAAACUGUCGGCUGGAAGCCCUUCCUGUGCUUCAUCCACUGUGAACUGUGAACUGUGAACUGUCACACUUCGUGGGUUCAUUUGCUAACAUGGCCGCCUCGUGUCUGCUGAAGAGAUGGUGCUCCACAGCAGCAACAGAGACAACCAAGGGCACAAGGUGGCAAAGACUGAUAAACAGUCGCGCAGGUGCAUGGUGCCGUAGUCUUUUAAGCGAUUAUAAGGAGGCUUGUCGUGAGGCGGUGCUGGGGGCCCGGGAGCGACCCCUUAAAGCCUCGGUCUACUUCGGACUUCUUGGAGGAAUGUACGCCUGCUAUUACACCAACCCUGAUGAUGCCUCCUUUGAGACCAGCCUGCUAGAAACCUCCAACCGUCUGGCUCUCCUGUCACCAUGGAUACGCAGUGGCACCUCAGAUGGACACGUCCAGACCCUUGUGAAACUGCGAAACGAGGGCAGGCUGGGCUAUGCCAGUCUGGGCGUUGCAUCUUUGACUUAUUACACAGACUACGACUCGGAGUCCAGCCUGUAUGAGGCGCGUUGCUCAGCAAUCUCCGUGCCCUGGUCAGAACUGCCAAAACGUGUGUUGGAUGUGGGCUUUGCGGGACGCUGGUGGGUGCUUGAUCAUAAAAUGAAGAAUUUUGAUAUAAAUGAGGAGGAGUUCAAACAUCUCCCACCUGCUUUGGUGGCAACAGUCCCACCGUCGCCCCAAAUAACAGAAAGGAACGAAAGGCUGCAUCAGGAAUCAUGGAAAGCUGUGGUGAUGGAGGAUGAGGGCAUUGAAUUAGAUGGUGUACAAAAAGACAUGGACACACCUGUUAAAGAAAUAGAGAGCAACAAAUUACACAAAGCACAGACUUCUUGAUCAGCAUAUUAAUGCUGUAACUCACAUAAAGAUGACCCUAAAGAAAUAUGAUCGCAAAUAUAAAGGAUACAUCAAUGAAUCAUUAUUAUAUUGUAUUUAUAGAAAUAAACAAAAUAAUAAUGUAGUCUGUUAUUUUUACUGCAAAAAAAAUUGUUUGAAUAUGUGCGAUUGGCUGAUUGUAAAUACAUUAAAAAAUUGCAUUGUAUGCUGACCUUGUUUGGUGUGACAGAAUACAUUAUAACUACAGAAACUGAUCAAAAAUAGAAAUUUUUGUACUUAAUAAGUUUAACAAUGUAGCAUUUUUAUAAAAUAAUUCUCCGUCUGUGAAAAAGAAAAAGGUUUUAUUUUGGUAAUUUACUAAUUAAUGGGGCAAUACAUCAUAAUAAAACAGUUGAGGUCAAAAGUUUACAAACCCUUUUCAGAAUCUGCAUAAUGUUAAUUAUUUUA